AUGCCAGCAUGCGUUUACCAGCCAGCCCAGCCCCUCAGGGCGCACCAGCUGUCGAAGCACCAGCACCAGCAACACCAGCAGAAGGCAGCAGUACUAGCAAACCAGCAGAAGCACAAGCAGAAGCAGACGCAGACGCACCAGCAGACGCACCACCACCACCAGCAGAAGCAGAAGCAAAAGGAGAAGCAGGCGCACCAGCAGCACCAGCACCAGCACCAGCAGAAGCACCAGCACCAGCAGAAGCAAAAGGAGAAGCAGACGCACCAGCAGCACCAGCACCAGCACCAGCAGAAGCACCAGCACCAGCAGAAGCAAAAGGAGAAGCAGACGCAGACGCACCAGCAGACGCACCACCACCAGCAGAAGCAGAAGCAAAAGGAGAAGCAGACGCACCAGCAGCACCAGCACCAGCACCAGCAGAAGCACCAGCACCAGCACCAGCAGAAGCAAAAGGAGAAGCAGACGCAGACGCACCAGCACCAGCAGGGUCCCCCACCAGCACCAGCAGGAGGCAACGGUAAAAUCCGCCAUGCUGACAAUCCUUUGCAGAUUGAGACGAAUGGGACUGCUCGGGACAAUGCUACCAAUGGCUGCUGUGCUGACUUUGAGCUCAGCCCGCUCUGCGAGCUCGUGCCGCAGCUGGCGGACGAGGUGACCUGCGGGGUCCCGGCCGAAGCGGAUGUCAUGGCCCUUGAAGCGGUGGCUGUGGCCAUCAAUCAGCUCAUUCCCGACGCCAGCUGUCCCUGUGUGGACCUCCAGGGCCAGUGCACCGAGGUUGAGCUCAUGACGUACAUUCAAGACUGCUUCGGCUCUGUCGAAACCGAUCAGAAGCGCUAUCUCAAGGACUGGCAUUGGGUGCUGGAUGCCGCUGAACAGCUCGGCAACACACCCGACUGCGAGGCAGAGCCUCUUUAUGCGCCCCCGGCUUGGCUGACGGUUGACUGGCUCAACCUCUACUGUGACUAUCGUCGCCGAUACGGUGAUGGUCGCAGCAGCGACGACUACCGCUUUCUCUAUCUCGGUGCAGCUGGCACGCGCACACCGCUGCAUGCUGAUGUUAUGGGCUCCUUCAGCUGGUCCUACAACGUGCUCGGUCGCAAGCGUUGGAUCAUGAUCCCGCCUCGGUACACCGAUGACCUGCGUGACCAGCGAGGCCAGUUGCCCUCGCAACUUGCCGUUUUGCAGGAGCCUGAUGCUGAGGCACGCUUCCCGCGCAGUGCUGACGCACGCGCCAUGCUGAUCACACAGGGACCAGGGGAGCUGCUGUUUGUUCCCUCGGGCUGGUAUCACGAGGUCUUGAACGAGCAAGCCACGCUGUCCAUUAACCACAACUGGAUCAAUCGACACAACCCGUCAUGGCGACUGCCCCCCAUCUCGACUUGCCGAGUCUUGCGCUCAAUCUGCAAUGGCAAGCACCAGAGCUGGCUCCCCCCAUUGCAAACGCUUAUGUGGGCCAUGGAGCUUUAUCAGCGCGUGAGGCCACAUUGGAUGCUGAAAUGUGCCGAGUUCAACUUGUGCGACUGGUGCGUCUUUGGCCCCUGGCGACCCCUGUUGAGCGCCCGGUAUCCUCUUCUUCCCCACUGGAAACGGUGGCCCCCAAUUGUGCACUGCGGUCCUUGA